AUGAUUAGCGGUGCUUUUGGUCUUGCCUCUGGUGGCGGCCCGAACUGGAUUGGUACCUGUGCACUAUAUGCCUGCUUGGGUCUUGGAGUCGGAGGCAACUUGCCUGUUGACGGAGCUCUUUUCCUCGAGUUCCUACCAUUUGCCUCUGGGAAUCUUCUGACCAUGCUGAGUGUGUGGUGGCCAGUUGGUAACUUGGUAUCUAGUCUUCUGGCCUGGGCCUUCAUUCCAAACUUCACCUGUUCGGAAGAAGGACCAUGCAGGAAGGAGGAUAACAUGGGCUGGAGAUACCUAGUGAUUACGCUAGGUGCCAUCACCUUUGUUAUGUUCCUGUGCCGCUUCUUCCUCUUCCACCUAUAUGAGUCCCCCAAGUUUUUGCUUUCCCGCGGACGACAGGAUGAAGCCGUUGCAGCAGUACACGGUAUUGCAUACAAGAACCGCAAGAAGACCUGGCUCACCGUCGAAAUCCUGAACGAAAUUGGCGGGUACCCAGAACAGACAUCAACUCCCCAGAACCUCAACAACAAGGAAAUUGUUGAGAGAUAUAUGUCCAAGUUCUCUCUGGAGCGCAUCAGAGGCCUCUUUGUCACCAAGAAACUUGGAAUUACUACCGUGAUCCUCUGGUUCUGCUGGGCCACCAUCGGAAUGGGCUAUCCUCUCUUCAAUGCAUUCCUCCCCCAAUACCUGCAAAGGGCUGGCGGAGGUGAGCCCCAGGCAACAUCUAUCGUCUACCGCAACUACGCCAUUACCUCGAUCGUCGGCCUGCCUGGUUCCAUCCUCGCGUGCUGGACCGUUGACAUCAAGUACAUCGGCCGCAAAGGCACAAUGAUGACAGCCACCAUGAUCACCGGCGUCCUGAUCUUCUGUUUCACUGCCUCUACAGAUCCAGACAUCCAACUCCUCUGCUCUUCCCUCGAGAACUUCUUCCAGAAUAUCAUGUACGGCGUUCUAUACGCUUACACCCCCGAGGUCUUCCCCGCUCCCAGCCGUGGCACUGGUAGUGGAAUCUGCAGCUGCCUGAACCGGAUUGCCGGUCUCUGUGCUCCCCUCGUUGCCAUCUACUCUGGGACCGCGAACCCAGAUGCCCCCAUCUAUGCCUCUGGUGGCCUGAUGCUCGCUGCAUUUGUGGCCAUGAUCUUCCUCCCGAUCGAGACGAGAGGGAGACAGACACUGUAA